GAAGCUCUCGCAGACUAAAGGCAGCAGUGCCAUGGCAGAAUCUCACACCUGGCUAUAGGCACAGGCAGGACUGAUCAUCAUGCAAGGACGGGCAGGCAAAGCCCCCAAAAAGGAGAUGGUGAUAGAGUCUCCACAGCAGUACAAGAGCCUGGCUGAGAUUGAGGCACAGGUGGAGGCAGGGUCACAGGUGGCAAUGGUAAAGCCAAAGAUCAUAGAGCCUCUGGACUAUGAGAAUGUGCUCCUACAGAGGAAAACCGAGAUCAUCAGUGAUGUUCUCCGAGACAUGCUGCAGUUCCCCACAGACGACUUCCAGAUCUCCAUCCUGCGGCGCCAGGGCCGGACUCUGUUUUCCACCGUGCCAGAGACUGCUGAGAAAGAAGCUCACUCACUGUUUGUCCAGGAGUGUAUCAAGACCUACAAAUCUGACUGGCAUGUGGUCAACUACAAGUAUGAGGAGUAUUCUAGAGACUUCCGCCAGCUUCCAAAUAAGGUGUUGAGGCCUGAAAAACUGGUGGCUCAUGUCUUUGAGGUGGAUGAAGAUGUGGAAAAAGAUGAGGACACAGCCUCUCUGAGAUCACAGAAAGGAGGAGUGUCCAAGCAUGGCUGGCUGUAUAAAGGCAACAUGAACAGUGCAAUCACUGUUACAAUGCGGUCCUUCAAGAGGAGAUAUUUCCAUUUGGCUCAGCUGGGUGAUGGCUCUUACACCCUCAACUUCUACAAGGAUGAGAACACCUCCAAGGAUCCCAAAGGAACCAUCUUCCUCGACUCAUGCAUGGGGGUUGUUCAGAACAGCAAAGUGCGUCGAUUUGCCUUCGAGCUGAAGAUGCAGGAUAAGAGCACAUUUCUGCUGGCCGGAGACAGCGAGGCAGAGAUAGAAGAGUGGAUCACUACCCUCAACAAGAUUCUCCACAGCAGCUUUGAACAGGCCAUGCAGGAGAAAAGGAAUGGAGAUCUACAUGAUGAUGAGGAGCACGGAAAAACAGACCUUUCCUCCGGAGGUUUUCAAGACACCUUUCAGACUGCCAGAGAUGUCGAAUCCAAGAUGAGAAGUGAAGCUCGCCUCAAACUGUUCACUCUGGACCCUGAUACUCAGAAACUAGACUUUUCUGGCAUCGAGCCUGAUGUGCAACAGUUUGAAGAGAAGUUCGGGAAAAGAGUCCUGGUCAGCUGUCAUGACCUGUCGUUUAACCUGCAGGGCUGUGUUGCAGAGAAUGAAGAGGGGCCGACAACUAAUGUGGAGCCGUUCUAUGUGAUCCUGUCCCUCUUUGACGUUCAGAACAGCAGAAAGAUCUCAGCUGACUUCCAUGUGGAUCUCAAUCACCCUUUGGUCCGACAGAUGACUUCUGGUUAUGGUAGCGGGCCCAACCUACAAAUCAGUAGCAGUAGCAAUGAGAGUCCCUUGGGCCACAGGUUGGCUAGUGGCCUCCCAGAGGGGGCUAUCCGGUAUCCCAGACAGGGUGUGUUCUCAGUAACCUGCCCCCAUCCAGAAAUCUUCCUAGUGGCCAGGAUUGAGAAGGUCCUACAGGGAGGGAUCACCCAUUGCACUGAACCCUACAUGAAGAGCUCAGACUCUGCUAAGAUGGCUCAAAAGGUGCUAAAGAAUGCCAAGAUAGCUUGCAGCAGACUGGGACAGUACAGGAUGCCAUUUGCCUGGGCUGCAAGGCCUGUGUUUAAGGAUGCGUCAGGAACUUUGGACAAAAACGCUCGGUUCUCAGCGCUUUACAGACAGGACAGCAGCAGGCUGUCAGAUGAGGACAUGUUCAAACUGCUUACUGACUUCAGAAGACCAGAGAAAAUGGCUAAACUUCCUGUGCUCCUAGGGAACUUGGAUGUAACGAUUGACAGUGUGGCCUCAGAUGUAACCAAUUGUGUCACUUCCUCCUACAUCCCUGUGGGCAGCUUCGGAGAAACCGGGCAAGUCAGUGCUCUUCUGGAGGUGGACGAGUUUGUGCCUUGUAUUGCAAAGUGUUCCCAACCAUUCACCAUCUAUAAAAACCACCUUUAUGUUUACCCCAAACACCUCAAGUACGAUGGGCAGAAAUCCUUUACUAAGGCAAGAAAUAUUGCUGUUUGCAUUGAAUUUAAGGAUUCUGAUGAGGAAGAGGCCCAACCACUGAAGUGCAUCUACGGUUCUCCAGGAGGGCCUCUAUUUACUAAGCAGGCAUAUGCAGCAGUCCUCCACCACCAGCAGAACCCCGAGUUUUAUGAUGAGAUAAAGAUAGAGCUGCCUACUCAGUUGCAUGAGAAGCAUCACCUUCUCUUCACCUUCUAUCACGUUAGCUGUAACAGCAACAGCAAGAAGAAAGAUGUGGUGGAAACUCCAGUUGGUCAGGCAUGGCUGCCUCUGCUAAAGGAUGGCAGAGUCAUCAUGAAUGAACAACAGCUGCCGGUGGCUGCCAAUCUACCUGCUGGGUACCUCAGCUCCCAGGAUGGUGUCAGCAAGCACUCUGGCUUGGAGAUGAAAUGGGUAGAUGGAGGAAAGCCCCUGUUCAAAGUCUCAACACAUCUUGUUUCCACAGUUAACACUCAGGAUCAGCACUUGCACAACUUCUUCCAGCACUGUCAAAGCAUGGAGAUGUCAGAACAAGCCUCGGAGGGAGAGCUUGUUAAAUAUCUGAAGAGUCUCCAUGCAAUGGAAGGUCAUGUGAUGGUAAACUUUCUGCCUACCAUUCUCAACCAGCUCUUCUGUGUCCUGACCAGAGCCACACACGAGGAUGUGGCCGUGAACGUGACCAGGGUGAUGGUUCAUGUGGUAGCACAGUGCCACGAAGAGGGACUUGAGCAUUACCUGAGAUCUUAUGUGAAGUUUGUGUUGAAGCCAGAAGCUUAUUCCUUCACCAGUGCAAAAAGUGUUCAUGAGGAGCUGGCAAAAGCCAUGACGGCCAUUCUCAAGCCAUCAACAGACUUCCUGACUAGCAACAAGCUGCUGAAGCACUCCUGGUACUUCUUUGAAGCUCUGGUAAAAUCAAUGGCUCAUUAUCUGGUAGAGCGUGGGAAGGUCAAGGUCUCCAGGAACCAGCGUUUUUCUGCGUCCUACUACCACACAGUGGAGACUCUGGUUAAUAUGCUGAUGCCACACAUCACCCAGAAAUACAAGGACAAUCUCGAUGCGGCUCGCAAUGCCAACCACAGCCUGGCAGUUUUCAUCAAGCGCUGUUUCACCUUCAUGAACAGAGGCUUCGUGUUUAAGCAGAUCAACAACUACAUGAACUGCUUUGUGCCUGGAGACCCCAAGACCUUAUAUGAAUUUAAGUUUGAGUUCCUGCGGGAGGUCUGCAACCAUGAGCACUAUGUCCCUUUAAAUCUGCCCAUGCCUUUCUGGAAAGGCAGAAUACAGAGGUUCCAAGGUAAAGAAGAUACAGUUUUCACUGACUUCAUCUAUAAAGUGCAUCUGUUUUUGUGCUUGCCUUUUGAAUCCGGUUCCUUCUACCAUAUCAUAAAUUAUUUCUGCUGCUGUAUGCCUACAGAUAUCCAGCUGGACUACUCGCUGACUGAUGAAUUCUGUCGAAAUCACUUCCUGGUGGGCCUGCUGCUCAGGGAGGUGGGUGCUGCGCUUCAGGAGUACAGGGAAAUUCGUCAGAUUGCCAUUCAGGUGCUCAAGGGACUGAUGAUCAAACACACAUUUGAUGACCGCUACGCUGCAAAAAGCCAACAGGCCAGACUUGCCACUCUCUACCUCCCACUGUUUGGCCUGCUCCAGGAGAAUGUUUAUAGACUUGACAUCAAGGAGUCAGCUUCUCUCAGCAAUAAUAAUAACACGAGGGAGGACUCUCUGGUGCAGACCUCAAUGGUGACUCCUCAGAAAGCUGGCAGCUGCAUAGAGAACGCUCUGCAUAAAGACGUGUUUGGGGUCAUCUCUGGAACAGCCUCUCCUCAAAGUUCCACUACCAACGCCGGCUCAGUUCACCACGCAGACUCCAGAGGCUCUCUGGUCUCCACCGACUCUGGGAACAGCCUGCUGGACAAGAGCAGUGACAAGACCAACUCUCUGGAGAAGAACCAGUGUGCGUCAGCCCUGGGCAGCACUGUGUUGCGCUGUGACAAACUGGACCAGGAAGAGAUUAAAAACCUGCUCAUGUGUUUUCUGCAUAUCCUCAAGAACAUGUCAGAGGAGGCCCUUUUUGCUUACUGGAACAAAGCUGUUCCCUCAGAGCUAAUGGACUUCUUCACACUGAUAGAAGUUUGCCUUCAUCAGUUCAGAUACAUGGGGAAGAGAUUCAUUGCCAGGAACCAGGAGGGGGCAGUGUCUGUAGCUCCAGACAAGAAAUCACUGACUCUCCCUGUGUCUCGUAGCAGAGCUGGGAUCCUCCAUACCCGUCUGCAGCAGCUGGGAACUCUGGAGAAUGCUCACACCUUUAACAACAUGUACUCACAUACGGAAGCAGACGUGAGCAGCCAGUGCCUUCUGGAGGCCAAUGUGUCUACAGAGGUCUGUCUGACUGUGCUGGACACACUUAGCACCUUCAUCAUGGGAUUCAAGACCCAGUUGAAUUCAGAUCUGGGUCACAAUCCCCUGAUGAAGAAGGUUUUCCAGGUGCACCUGUGCUUCCUGCAGAUCCCUCAGUCUGAGGCUGCCCUCAAACAGGUCUUCACCUCACUCAGGACCUUCAUUUACAAGUUCCCUUGUACCUUUUUUGACGGCCGGGCCGACAUGUGUGCCUCUCUCUGCUACGAAAUUCUCAAGGGCUGUAACUCCAAGCUGAGCUCCAUCCGCAGUGACGCUGCACACCUUCUGUACUUCCUUAUGAAAAGCAACUUUGACUACGCAGGGCGCAAGUCCUUUGUACGAACACACCUGCAGGUGGUAAUUGCUGUCAGUCAGCUGAUUGCUGAUGUCAUCGGUAUCGGCGGUACGCGCUUCCAGCAGUCUCUCUCCAUCAUCAACAACUGCGCCAACAGUGACAAGACCAUCAAGCACACAGUGUUUCCUUCAGAUGUGAAGGACCUGACAAAACGCAUCAGGACAGUGCUGAUGGCCACAGAGCAGAUGAAGGAGCACGACAACGACCCUGAAAUGCUGGUGGACCUCCAAUACAGCUUAGCCAAGUCCUAUACCAGCACCCCUGAGCUCCGUAAAACCUGGCUGGACAGUAUGGCUCGCAUCCACAACAAGAAUGGUGAUCUUUCAGAGGCAGCUAUGUGUUACGUGCAUGUUGCUGCUCUGGUGGCUGAGUAUCUCUGGAGGAAAGGCAUGUUCAGGCACGGCUGCUCAUCUUUCCGCGUCAUCACUCCAAACAUUGAUGAGGAAGCGGCCAUGAUGGAGGACGUCGGGAUGCAGGAUGUUCACUUCAGUGAGGAGGUGCUGAUCGAGCUAUUAGAGGAGUGUGCUGAUGGCCUCUGGAAGGCAGAGCGUUAUGAGCUCAUUGCUGAUGUCUACAGACUUAUCAUUCCCAUCUACGAACAGCGCAGAGACUUUGAGAAACUGACACACCUGUAUGAUACACUCCACCGUGCCUAUACUAAAGUGAUGGAAGUGAUGCAUAGUGGAAAGAGACUGCUUGGCACAUACUUCAGAGUGGCCUUCUUUGGACAGGGCUUCUUUGAGGAUGAGGAUGGAAAAGAAUACAUCUACAAGGAGCCAAAGUUCACUCCACUGUCUGAAAUUUCCCAGAGGCUCCUGAAGCUGUACUCGGACAAAUUCGGCCAGGAGAAUGUCAAGAUUAUUCAGGACUCUGGCAAGGUGAAUCCGAAAGACCUGGACUCGAAGUACGCCUACAUCCAGGUGACACAUGUCACGCCCUACCUUGAUGACAAAGAACUGGAGGACAGGAGGACCGACUUUGAGAAGAACCACAACAUCUGGCGCUUUGUGUUCGAGACACCAUUCACAGUGUCGGGCAAGAAGCAGGGUGGGGUGGAGGAGCAGUGUAAACGGCGGACUGUUCUCACCACCACCCACUCUUUUCCAUAUGUAAAGAAGCGUAUAGCAGUCAUGUACCAACACCAGAACGACCUGAGCCCCAUAGAGGUGGCCAUAGAUGAGAUGAGUGCCAAGGUGAAUGAGCUGCGACAGCUGUGCUCAGCCUCUGAGGUGGACAUGAUUCGCCUGCAGCUCAAGCUGCAAGGCAGUAUCAGUGUUCAGGUAAAUGCUGGUCCUCUUGCUUAUGCCAGAGCCUUCCUAGACAACAGCAGUGACAAGAAAUAUGCAGACAACAAAGUUAAACAGCUCAAAGAGGUCUUCAGGCAGUUUGUGGACGCCUGUGCUCAGGCACUGGGGGUGAACGAGCGGCUGAUUAAAGAAGACCAGCAGGAGUAUCACGAUGAGAUGAAGGCCAACUACAGGGACCUGACCAGAAAGCUGUCGGUCAUCAUGCACGAACAGAUAAACCCAGUGGAAUAUGGUACAAGGAGCAAUCUGUCUGACUCUAUGGGCAUCUUCAACACCAUCAGUGGCACACCAACCAGUGCCAAUCCACAUGGCUUGACUGCCGUACUCUGACAGAAAUGUUUGACCAGACUCGCUCCUCAGUCACCACUAAAUACCCGAAGGAUCAGCUGGAUGCCUUCAAAGAAUCUAACACUACCCAAAAACAUCACGUGUUUGCAUUUUUACUCCUAUUUCCACACAGGUGAAGCUGGAAAAUCAAUGAAGUCAUGUCUGCUACCUAUUAUUCUUGUUUCCUGUGGAGACUCCAGUCAGUACAGCUGACUUUCACACCUUGACAGUUUUAAUAUCACCAUCUAUCUAGAUUUGGGUGAUUUAUUUUAUUCUGAGUGUUGGAACACAUGUAGUGACUUAACAGGCAUGUAUUAGUAACUUCAGUUUACAACAUGAUCUUAUCUUGUUGUUCUUGUCCAGAGCCUCACCCAGAGGAACACAAGGAAGUUCAGCGUUUGCAUUUGACCCAAGUCUGCUUAAUUCGUUUUUAACUGUGGGGCUCUCAUUCAGGUAAAUCUGUGAAAGAAGUGCUUCAAGACAGAAACCGAUAAACGCUACUUCUCAAACCUGGUGCACAGUAUCCCCCCCCCAUUUGAUCCAGUUACAGCAGGUGCUUUUUUUCUGUCGAGCGCAGGAGCAUCAGAGUUUAUCCUUCAAAGAAUUAGUCAUUCUAUUUUAGGCUAUUGAGAGCAUGUAUAGAAACCAUCUGUAAGAACCUAUUUUCUGUAAGAACAUUGUGUGCAAUAUUUUCUACUGUUACCAAGGCUACCCACUGCACAGAAGCUGCUCUUGCCAAAGACGUUAGAAAAAAAGACAAUGCGAGCCAAGAGUGGAACAAUUUGUAUUCCAAUCUGUUUCUUUGUCAUGAUGCCUUUUAUAUUAUCUGUGAAAUGAAAUGAAAAUAAAACACAAGAUUUUUACUGUAUGAUUGUUCAUAUAA